AUUCACUGGCAGGCAUCUCUAUCCUCGAUAUUUCGAUCUUGACCCGAGUCGGGCUGAAUAUGAGCUGCGAUGCCUAUCAUUCGGAGAGUCCAGCCUUCUGAUCUUCUACACCUAAAUUUAUGCAACCUCGAUCCAUAUACCGAAAACUAUGACUUGAAUUUUUACCUGACAUAUCUGAUGAGAUGGCCUUCUUUAUUCCAAUGCAUCGAAGAACACGAUCAGAUAGUCGGGUAUAUCAUUGGCAAAGUUGAAACAUCACCUGCUCAACUACAAGGUUCACCACAUUUCUUACCAUGGCAUGGCCAUAUUACGGCGCUGUCAAUAGCACCUCAGUAUCGAAGGCUCGGAUAUGGUAAACUCCUGAGCGAGUCUCUUGAAAAGGCAUGUAACCAACAAAAUGCCUGGUUUGUGGAUCUUUUCGUGAGGAGGAGCAACCGCAAUGCCAUCAAAAUGUACGAGAGCAUGGGCUAUUCGACGUUUCGCACAGUGGUCAAAUAUUACUCGGAUGAUCCAACAGGCGUGUCUACGGAAGGAGAAGAUGCGCUGGACAUGAGAAAGCCUCUGGACAGAGACAAGGACCGAAUCCACGUCAGAGAGAACGGCGAGAGUUUCAAGGUCGACCCUGAUGAUGUUUUUUGAAGCUGGGAGCAAUGCAUGGCCUCCGAUUUCACCAGCACAAUAUCGCAUUCACGACUCUGGACGAUGCGAGCGCCAUGGAUGACACCGGAAGGCACAAUGACAGCCGAUCCGAGCCGGAGUUACUGUGCUUGUCGAGUUUAUGCGCGUAGACUUUUGGAUACAGGAAUCCGAUGGGCGCAAGAGGUGAAGACUCAAGGCACCUCGCGUCAGUGUCCUGAGGAAAGGUAGGAGGACAAGAAGAGGAAAAGGCAGCACUGAGUACCUCAACUCGAUCUGGGCCGAUAUACUGCAUCCCAAGGCUCUUGAAAGAUCUGAGGAAGGCCAUCCGAGGUGCACACAAACCCUCAAUGAGUGUCCGAGAAUAGAAUUGUAUUAUGAGCAUUAGACGAGCGAUGGGGCUAAGAAAUGGGCUGAUAGGCGUUGCCUCCGUACCGCGCGAAUGAGC